GCAGAUUCUAAUUUUGUUGUAGCCCCGCGGCAGAUGAUAGCAGGUGAAUGAAGGGACUGGCUAGCGACGACAGCGACCACAACAAUAUCAUCAUAGCAUAUAAACCUAUAUUGAUAUGCUAAAAUAAGAAACCACUUAUUAAUAAAGACAGUUUGGACCUGUGUAAAGAACCCAUGUGCCAGGUCCUGCGUGCUUGGCACAUAAGCUAGGCAGGAUAGCCCGCUUAUCGGAGGUGCAUGCUAAUAACAAACGUUAGCAUGCACAGGAAGGAGUCGUAUGGAGUGUAUGCAACGGAAAACACGCAAUUCAAAGCGGGCUAACGCAGCUAUUCCACCAUGUAUACGAGUCCUAACAAUCCCAUGAAGCCCAGCUGUAACAGCAGCAGCAUCACUGAGCUGCUGGGUGCCCUGUGUGACUUCAGCCUGUCUGGAAUAUCAUGGAAACGCCGCUCCCUGGGAGGAGUCUCAAGAGAAGGUUUCCGCAGAGCUCUCAAGAAAUGUGCCUAUGGUGCCCUGCUGUCCAAGCUAUUUCAAGAUGGUACCAAAGGGUCUUCCUCGGGACAGAGUGCCACAGCGAAUACACCACCCAGAAACAAAGUCCUGAUGAUAUGUUUUGACUUGCGGGUGGCAGGGUGCCAAGAGGAGGCAGAGAAGUUGGAGGAGCAGCUGGAGAGGCUUCCAGAGGGAACAUCUUCUGGCCUGAAGGAAAUGGAUGCCGUCCUCGAGCUCCUGGUGCACUUAGCUGGCUCGGCGCCUCCUCCCUCGUCCUCUUUCAGCAGGGACUACAUGAGACGAGAGAGGCCCGUGCUGAGGAGGCCCCAGCCCUGGGGCUACCAGAGCAAGGAGCUGCAGAGGCUGGAGGCCCGGGCAUGGGGUCUAGUGUGUGGCGAGGAAUGGGGGACUUUGGAGAGUUUGUGUGGAACUCAGAGGUUGAUGGAUGCCCCUCCAGGCGCAGGACUGCUGGCUCUGAGCAUGAAAUUGGAAGCGGAAGAAAGAUUUGAGAGGGAGACCAGGUUGACGUUGUUUGGAGCACUGCAGCACACUCGCACCUCAGACAUGGACAUUAGGCUGGACCUACCUCCUGUUCCCAGUAAUAUUGAUGUAACUGGGCUGGCAUUAAGGGUCCCUUCUUGUUUAGAUCAGUCUGAGGAUGAGGGCUUCCAGUCAGCCUCCAACCUGACCCCAGACUCUCAAUCAGAACCCAGCCCUGUUCCAGACAUUGACGUAUGGGAGGCUCUGCGUACUUUUGAGCCUGGAAGGCGCCGCUGCUGGGAGUCUGUCGGCUGCCCACCGGGAAAAAGGGAGUCAUUGUAUCUGACAGAAGGAGGCAGGGAGGCCUUUGACCAACUCUAUCGUCUAUGGGAGGGCCAGAUGAGGGUGGUCAGCACUGGCACACCCUCUCCUCUCCUCCCACUGCCUCUGGACUCUCAGACACAACUCGUGUCCGACCUCCUCAACGUCUUGAUUGGAGUGGCGUCCACGACCUUCCCUCUUAACCAGAGCGUUCAGUUUGACGUCAGACCUGGUGUGUGCGUGUCAGGAGCCUCUCCUGAGAGCGUCUCUCGUCUCCUGGGGGAGCUGGCCCAGUACGGCACCCACUACUUGAGGCUGAGCCACUUUUCUCUGCAGAGUGCUGACAAAAAAGGCCUCGUCUUUCAGGCUUUUACAGGUGGUCUGCGGAAAUAUCUACAUUACUACAGGGCUUGUGUUCUCAGCACUCCACCCACCCUCAGCCUGUUGACUAUUAGCUUCCUUUUCCGGAAAGUGGGCCGCCAACUGAGGUACCUGUCAGAACUGUGCUGUGUAGAUGGGCCUUUGGGUGCAAGCCAGGCUACCUUCCCUGUGGGUGUUAAACUGCUGUCCUACCUGUACAGCGAAGCACAGAAUAACUGCAGCAAUGAGAACUAUCCCGUCCUGCUGUCCCUGCUGAAGAGCAGCUGUGAACCUUAUACACGGUUUGUGUCUGACUGGGUGUACAGCGGCGUGUUUCGAGAUGUUUACGGAGAAUUCAUGAUCCAGGUCAAUGAGGAGUAUCUCAGCUACAGAGAUAAACACUUCUGGGUCCAAGGCUACACCCUGAUCUCUAAGGAUGUGGAGGACUGUGUGCCCGCCUUCCUGAGACACAUCGCCAAUGACGUGUAUGUCUGUGGAAAGACCAUCAACCUCCUCAAAAUCUGCUGCCCGCAGCAUUACAUCUGCUGGUCGGAGCUGCCGGUGCCUCGCAUUGCCGUAACCUUCUCCCUCCAGGAGGUGGAGGAAAUUGAGAGGGACUGUGCUGUGUACCGUGGACGCAUGGAGAGGAUUGCUAAGCACAGUGCCAUCAGCAGGGAGGAGCAAGCCCAGCGAGCAGAGCAAGCACGCCAAGAGCUGAUCAAUCAGGUCAGAGAGUCGGCAGCCAAAACCCUCGAGAACAUCCGCGGGCGCCAGGUGUCACAGCGUUUGGCUGAGGAGGCCAAGAAGAGGGAGCGGUUUGAAGAGCUGAAACAGCACCUGGAGCAGGAGCAAGAGUGGCGAAGUGCAGCCAAGAAGAAGCAGGAGGAGGAUGACUUCAGCUUUGCCAGAGAAUUGAGGGACAGGGAGAAGAGACUACAAGCCCUGGAGGAGCAGCUGGAGCAGAGAGCCAGGAAGGAGCUGAUUGCUCAGUACAGCCGUUUGUCAGAGGAAGCAGCUCGCAGAGAGAGGCGGGCCAUGUGGCGGGUGCAGCGAAUGAGACUUGACGAAGUCCGGGCUCAGUUCUUCACACGCGACAGGCAGCAGACUCGGGCAAUGCUUGAGAAAUAUCCUUUAGGCCAGCAGAGACCUCCUCUUGAAGUGCUGCCAUCUGUUCCAUCAGCACCAGAGACUGCACCACAAACAAAGCUGGAAUCUCCCACUCAGGAUGAUUCUGAACAGCAGCCGGUAGAGACUGCAGUAUCACCACCACCUGACUCUUCUUCUCAUCUCCCCCUCGUCCCCCUUACAGUGGACCCUACCCUCAUCUCUGAAGAUGUUGACAUCAACAAUUUUCUCCCUAAAUCUCCGAAUCCUGACAGUCAGCAGGUGGAAAUGGCCCUACAAGAGAUCGGCUCUGACCUACCUGAAGUGUGUCCUACAGCACAACUAGUAGACUAUGACUUCAGUGCCCCCUUUAGUCCACUUGAGGGUAUCACUGGCCAAGUGUCAGCCCAGCCCCGUCCUCGCUGGGGACCUGCAGUCCAGCCUGACUUGAUCCAAAACCACCCUUCUUUUUCUCACAUCCCAAUAGGACAGAACAUAUCUGAAGUUCAGGAGAGUCUCCCUAAGCCCAGUCCCCAUGGCCAAACCUCCAAAUCCAGCUUUCCUCUGGGCCAGUACACCCCUGAGGAGCCCCAAAAUACUUCUAAAACAAGAGAUUAUGGACAUCCCUCUGACGCGUCAGUGCAGCUAGUAGAUGGCUCAAUGACAAACGUCAAACAGGAAGGUGAAGUAUCUUCUGUGGUACAACUGAAGACUGAAAUGGGGACUUUGGAAAGUAAAGUAGAGACAAAUGAAGACGAAGGUAAAUCUGUUGAGAAAGAUAAUGUGGUAAAGCAGGGUGCCGAGGAUGACGGUCACCACAAAGUAGUGACAAUGCUUUCUGACUGUGGUGGGAUUGAACCACCAGCUGCAGGCACUCAAGAAGCUCAAGGUGAAGCAGAAACUGUUUCUUUGUCAAACACCAGUACAGACCUAAAAGCUGAAGAUCUGGUUUCAGAUGCUAUUGCCCCUAGCAUCCAUGGACAUUCCUCUGAUGCUCAUAUAAAGGUGGGGCAGUUUGUAUCAGAGGUCACUGCUCCUCUUCCAUUCCCCAACGUCCACGGCCACGUCUCAGAUUCACACAUCAAGAUCGGUGAACAUGUUUCGGACAUUGAUGCUCCUCUACCUUCCUCUAGCGCUCACGGUAACUCCUCUGAUGCUCACAUUAAAGUUGGCGAAAACGUCUCAGAAUUUGUUGCUCCUCUUCCUACUCGUAAUAUGCACGGUCAUGCCUCAGACUCACACAUCAAAGUUGGUGAGCAUGUGCCAGAUGUAGUUGCUCCUCUGCCCUCUGUCAACGUUCAUGGUCAUAGUUCAGAUUCCCACAUUAAAGUUGGUGAAAAUGUCUCAGACGUCAUUGCACCACUUCCUUCACCCAGCAUUCACGGCCACUCCUCCGAUGCUAAUAUAAAGGUAGGCGAGUUUGUGUCUAAUGUACCUGAAGAGAGACCUCGUUGGAGUAAAUACGGCCACGCCUCAGACUGCAACCUUCAGUCAGGCUGUGUGGUAUCUGGAUUUGAACCCACCUUGUCUGCUUUACCUGGAAGCUCUUAUGGUCACUCAUCAGACUCGACAUUGGGUAUUGGAUGUAUAGUUUCCGGAGACGAACCCAAACGUUCUCCUCUACCUGGCAGUGCCCAUGGUCAUUCUUCAGACUCAAGUUUAGGCAUCGGAUGUGUUGUGUCCAAAGCUGAACCAGAUCCAUCGCCACUACCUGGCAGCGCCUACGGCCACUCCUCUGAUUCCACGCUGGGGGUGGGUUGUGUGGUUUUGGGGAAAGAGCCGCCAGCCUCUGUGCUGCCAGGCAGUACCUAUGGCCACUCAUCAGAUUCUUCACUUGGAGUUGGCUGUGUGGUGAAGGGCAAAGGCAGUGGAAAUCAGCAGAGGAUGGAUGAAGACGGUGAGGCUUCUAAGUCGGACAGUCCUGGGGAGCACCUGGUCGAGAGCAUGGGGUCCUGGGCAGCAGGCUUCGGUUUGUCCCCUGGAGAAAAGUCUGAACAGGAGUACCUCUUGGCUUUGUCUGCUCAGUACCAGGUGGAACACUAUGAAGACUGCUACAACCUAAUGGCUUCAUCCCCCGAGUGUCAGCUGUUGAAGCAGGUAACUCGGGGCCCCUGGGGCCUUCCUAUGGACCCCACACUCCGCAGAGCUACAGACACCACCGCUGUGCAACUCAGCGAGAUGGUUUCCCUGCCAGUUCUGAUAAAACACUCUGUCACCACUCCGCUCAUCACACAUGUGUCUUUGGUGAACAAGGCGGUGGUGGACUACAUCUUUGUGGAGCUGGGCGUGGAAAGACACUUUGAGGCACUGCGCCACUUCCUGCUGAUGGAGGAUGGCGAGUUUGCGCAGUCCCUCAGUGAUCUGCUCUUUGAAAAGCUGGGCAGUGGCCAGACUCCCGGCGAGCUGCUGACUCCACUGGUUCUGAACUCCAUCCUCAGCAAGGCCUUGCAGUAUAGCUUACACGGGGACACCCCCUUGGCUGGCAACUUCACCUUCGCCCUGCGCUUCCUCCCCGAGACCUUCCACCCACACGCCCCUGAUUCCCUCAACUGUCUGGAGCUGCGCUACAAGGUGGACUGGCCGUUGAACAUCAUCAUCACGGACAGCUGCAUGAACAAGUACAACCGUCUGUUCUCGUUCCUGUUACAGCUAAAACACAUGGUGUGGAGCCUCCGUGAGGUCUGGUUCCACCUGAAGAGAACAGCGCUGGUGAAAGGUGCCGGUCGCUCGGUGCAGUUUCGUCAGCUGCAGCUGUACAGACACGAGAUGCAGCAUUUUGUCAAGGUGAUACAGGGAUACAUCGCUAACCAAAUCCUGCAAGUGUCCUGGAGCGAGUUCACAGCCAAGCUGGCCACUGCCAGCGACCUGGACGCCAUCCACCGCACGCAUGCAGACUACCUCAACAGAGCCAUCUUCAGGAGCUUGCUGACAGAGAAAGCAGCUCCGGUCAUGAACAUCAUCCACAGCAUCUUCAGCCUGAUCCUCAAGUUUCGGGCCCAGCUGAUCGCACAGCCCUGGGACAGCCAGCAGGGGGAGGCAGUGCACCCGAGCUUCAUCGCCAUGCAGCAGUCGUACAACACCUUCAAGUAUUACUCUCACUUUCUCUUCAAAGUGGUGACCAAGCUGGUGAACAGAGGCUAUCAGCCUCAUCUAGAGGAUUUCCUCCUUCGCAUCAACUUCAACAACUACUACAAAGACUCCUGAGCUGUGUACUGUACUGUAAUGGUGUGUAUGUUGUACGUGAGUAAAUGGAUGUGGAUGUUGGGGUAAUAUAAGCAGUUUGUUAAAUAUGUGUCCAACGCAUUACAGUGUACCAUGAGUGUUAACAUACUGCGCAGGGCAAUCUGUUUGAGACACAAAACAGCUAAUCAGAUAUACAUUACAUAAUAAAUCGAGUUCCAUGAUACUUUUAAAACCCCACCUGUACCGUAUAGCAUGACAUGGAUUUGACAUUGAGGCCAGUUUAGGCAAUCAGUGCGCAUUUUUUGAACUGAACGAACUGAACUGGAACUAAACUGUACGGUGCCAAAGUCUGUAAUUGAGAUUAAUCCGAUGCCUGCCGUAAUGCUGUGUGGAUUUUAAGUACACAUAAAUUUAAUGUCAAUUAUAUGUAAAUAUAAAAGCAAAAUGCUUUGUUUAAUAAAUGCUCUAUUCUCCGGCAU